AUGUUUCUGAACCAAGGCUUACCCCAGAUUUCAGUUACAAUGGGUCCUCCAAAUGGAACCUUGAUAUUUCAUUACCCAGAAGAUCUCGGACCGGAUGCUGUGAUCGGAAUUGAUACGCAGUUCUUAACUGCUCAAGGCAUUCUAAAAGGAAUAAAGCUUAUACCUCCAGGGCUUCAUUUAUUCCAUUUUUCCAGAUCGAUAUCACAAGGAGACUGUUUGCGCUACGGAUGGUGGUUUUUUAUAGAAGAAGGUCAGGUCUUAUCUGUUGACUGGAGCGAGGAGCAGUCUGUUUUUACUAUAAUACCGGCGGAUAAUUCUGUAGGCGAACUCUACCCUCUUAUGAUCGAGUAUCCAGAAACCCACGCAUUGUGGAACGAGUUGACAAAAUUUGUAGAUACAGAGGCAUUAGAGGAGUAUAUCCCUACACCUCCGGAGCCAAUUAGUACUGCAACACCGCUGUUGGAGGAAAACAUGGUGUUGGCAGAACUACUAAAGAAGCGCCAACCGACUUUGAAGCUAGAAAGCCAAGAACACAAGGAAUUGAAAUAUACCAUACUACAGGAGAAACAGCAAGCUCCGCAAAAAAUGGGAGAGGAGCUCACACGGAGCGCUUUGGAUCGCUCGUGGCAGUUUGAACAACUCUUUGGCCAUGAUAAAGAUCUCUUUCUCGCUGAGCUACAGCUUACACUUAUACAUUUCGUCGUGUUGGGGAAUCUUUGCUCUUGUACACAAUGGUCGACGCUUUUGUACCUGAUUCUGCGCUGCGAGUCCUUUUUGAGGGCUAACCCAUUGUUCACAAGUGACCUUCUCUCACUCAUGAGCACUCAGUUGACGCUAAUACCAACAGAAUACAUCGAUGAGCUGCUGGUAUCUCAAAUCGUAGAUGUGAGCAAAUGCCGGCUUGCUAUUGAAUACUUGGCCGACUUUGUACCUCAACUACCAAGCCUAUAUGCGCCGUGGCAGAAAUUGAAGUUUGUAGCUCAAAGGAAACUCUCGAUGGAGAAAGUCGGCUCAAUUUUUGACAAGAACAAUUUUGAGAUCUACGAUUUAGGUCAACAUGACGCUGACGAUGAAGAUGCUCCUGCAAUUGUGUAUUAA